UAUUGGAAGUGAAGCGAAAAGGCUCUCCUUUCACCAUCUCUCUCCACAGUGUGUGUAUGUGUGUGACAGAAGGCGUCUCGUCUCGUCUCCAGCUGCAACACCACAAUGGUGAAGUUUCUGAAGCCCAACAAGGUGGUCGUGCUCUUGCAGGGCCGCUACGCCGGUCGCAAGGCUGUCAUUGUUAAGAACUUCGACGAUGGCACCAAGGAGCGCCCCUACGGUCACGCUAUCGUCUGUGGAAUCGCCAAGUAUCCCCGCAAGGUAAUCAAGAAGGCGUCGCAGAAGACCAUUGCCAAGCGCUCCAGGCUGAAAGCUUUCACCAAAGUGGUGAACUACAACCACAUCAUGCCCACUAGGUAUUCCUUGGACGUGGACCUGAAGAACAUUGUUACCGCCGACAAGUUGGAGUCUACCGCAAGCCGAGUAGAAGCCAGAAAGGCGUCGAAGACAGUUUUGGAAGAGAGAUUCAAGACUGGCAAGAACAGGUGGUUCUUCUCUAAGCUUAGGUUCUGAUAAUAUUCACAGUUUUGGAUAGAUUUGGGAUAUGGAUUGUAGUAUCUCAGCAUGUUCUUGAAUCUCUCGUGGAAAGAAUGGAUGGUAGUGGUCAUUCACAAAUGGAAGCAAUAUGUUCUUGACUCACAUUCCUUGAAAUCAUCUCUUGUGUUGUACUGGUCC